AUGGCGGGCUUCCUCCUCGGAACGGGAUCCGGCCUUCUCGCUGGUGCCGCUGUGUACUACACUCUUUCGACCGAACUCGAGAAGAACACCCUGAACCUCCGCAAUGAGCUCCGCCGAUCGGCCCAGCUCGUCACCGCCUCGUUCACGCAGCAGGAGCCCGCGCCUGCGUUCUCCGGCCCGAUCUCGACGUACCACGCGCCGACGUCCUUCUCCACGACGCUGAAGCAGCGCUGGAACCACGCCAUUGGAUCUGCCGUCGAGACUGUGCGUGAAACCGACUGGCGUGUUGUUGCCGAAAACGCUUGGGAGGAGGGCCGCGAGCUCGCCUCGCGCCUCGGCAACAACGCGACUGCUGCCACGACCGGACCGGUGCCGGAGAACGAGCUUGCAGCUCUCGCUACCUCUGCUGGCCCCCUUGCGUCCCAGGAGGUCGCCGAUGUGAAGAAGGCUGCCAAGAACAUCGCCGACGACGUCAAGAUGGCCGAGCUCAAGGCUACGACUCACGUCGACCGGAAACCCCAGGCCUCUCAGGCCGGUAUCGAGUCGCCUAAGCGCCUCGUUUGA